UUACAAGACCUCUGCUGAACGCAUUAAAGGUGGACUUGUUUCAGGACAGCCACAGGACUAAGAUGACAUUUCUGAGAGGAAAUCUUCCAUUCAGCAGCUGCUCUAGCUUACACUGGUUGCUCUCUUACUGACCAGUCUUCCAAUAAAACCAUGAGGGUCUUCCUCCUGCUUUGCCUGCUGGCACUGGGCAAUGCCAAACCAUACCAGCCAAUCAACAUCAUGGACUACAUGAAAAACUAUGAUGUCAUGAUGGCGGACUCAAGUGAUGAUGACGAUGAUGAUGCCGAUGAUGCCAAUGACGACGAUGAUUAUGAAGAUGAGAACUGUCCGGCUGGAUGUCGUUGCUUACCCAGAGUGGUUCAGUGCUCCGACCAGGGUCAGAUCUCUGUUCCAGAGAAGAUUCCUGACGACACUGUGAUGCUCGACCUACAGAACAAUGAUAUCACUGAGAUCAAGGAGGAUGACUUCAAAGGCCUCCACAAGCUCUGGGGCCUGUUUUUAAUCAACAAUAAGAUCACUAAGAUUCAUCCAAAAGCCUUCAAAAACCUGCCCCAUCUCAGACUGCUGUACCUCUCUUACAACCUACUGACUGAGAUCCCUGAAAACCUGCCUCCCAAUGUGGUCGAGCUACGCUUUCAUGAAAACAAGAUCAGCAGAAUCCAGAAGGAUGCUUUUAAAGGCCUGAAGAAACUCCAUGUGCUUGAACUUGGUGCAAACCCUCUUGCCAACAGUGGGAUUGAACUUGGGGCAUUUAAUGGUUUGUCAACCCUGUACGUUGGUAUGGCAGAAGCCAAGCUUACGGCUGUACCAAAAGACCUCCCAUCGUCCAUCACACAACUGAGCCUUGACUACAACAAGAUUGCUAAGGUGGAGAUAGAAGACUUCAUCAGAUACAAAAACCUGCAAUGGCUAGGACUUGGUUUUAACCAAAUAAAAUACGUAGAAAAUGGCAGCCUUGCAAGCAUUCCAAACAUCCGUGAAGUCCACUUGGACCACAACCGUCUGAGGAAGAUUCCACCAGGCCUCAACUCCCUGCGCUAUCUCCAGGUGAUUUACCUUCAUGGAAAUAAAAUCAGCAGUGUGGGAAUCAAUGACUUCUGUCCCAUUAAUCCCAGCGCCAAGAAGAACCUAUAUACAGGCAUCAGUCUGUUUGCCAACCCAGUUAAAUACUGGGAAAUCCAACCAGCCACCUUUAGGUGUGUGAGUGGAAGGAGAGGGGUUCAGCUAGGGAAUUUUAGAAAGUAGGAGCUAGAAACAACUGUUCUAAAAGCUCUUAAAAUCUGCCUAUAGCAUUAAA